UCUCUCUCUCUCUCUCUCUCUCUCUCUCUCUCUCUCUCUCUCUGUGUGUGUGUGUGUGUGUUUCAGGAGAUGACAGGAGAAGCAAUGUGGAAGACACGCGUGGUAUUCGUCACUGUUUUCAGAGCACAACAAGUAGAAGAGACAACCAUGAAGAUAACGGAGAUAUUAACCAAGUUUGCUCACCUGACUCCAGGCAAAAAGUACACGUUAGAAGUGAAGGAGUGCUUUACAACAGUGCACUGUGACAUACUGACGACACUUGAAGAAUGGACGGAACCAGAGAAGCCACGAGUGCUGGAAAAGACAGAACUCCAGACGACAACAGACACCACCAUCACCAUCCAGCUGCCCGUCCUGCAGAACCCUCCACGGUCUGUGUGACUGUGUGUGUGUAUG